AUGGCCCCUCUCCGAAUUGCCAUCUUGGAAUGCGACACCCCAGUAGAUAAAAUCAACACGAAAUAUGGCGGCUACUUUGGGGUCUUCUCAUCGCUCCUCCGCGCCAGUGCCGAAGCUUUGGAUCGACCAGACCGGCUGGACCCGGCCUCUGGUCUCGAACUCACGCGCUGGGACGUGGUGACCGCUCAAGAGUACCCCAACCCAGAGGAUGUAGAUGCGCUUCUGUUGACGGGAUCGAAACACAACUCCUAUGACAGCGAUCCCUGGAUCCUCAAGCUUGUCGAAUACACCAAAUCCGCUCUUCAAGAUAACCGCAUCAAGAUUCUGGGAAUCUGCUUCGGGCAUCAGAUCAUCGGACGUGCGCUAGGAGUCAAGGUCGGUCGGAGUGAUGCCGGCUGGGAAAUUGCCGUUUGCGACAUGGACCUGACCGAGCAGGGCAAGAAGCUGUUUGGCAAGGACAAACUCCGCAUCCAACAAAUGCAUCAGGAUAUCGUCUCGGAAUUCCCCCCUGGUGUCAUUUCUCUGGGCUCAUCACCCCGAUGUGCGGUGCAGGGCAUGUAUCUGCCCGGUCGGUUUGUCACCGUCCAGGGCCAUCCCGAGUUCACCGAGGAGAUCGUCACCGAGAUUGUCACACUGCGGGGCAAGGCGGGGGUUUUCUCCAAGGAGCAGGCCGAGGACGCCUUGGAGAGAGCGAAGAAUGAGCAUGACGGGGUUGCGAUUGGUGCGACCUUUUUGAACUUUUUGCUUGAGGAAUAG